CCCCCCUCCCUUCCCCCAUCGUAGUCUCCUCUCCACUGUAGAGAGAGAAAGAGAAGAGAGAGAGAGAGAGAGAGAGAGAGGAACAGCGCUUCUUCCCAAAAGAGCUUCUUUGUCAACCCCCUUUCUCUCUCCUCUCUCUCUCUCUCUCUCUCGUCGGCGGUGCGCUCACAGCCAUGGGUAGCCGCACCUCUCGCCACCGCAGCGACCCCGAUCGCCGCGCCCCUCCCCAACCCCAACCGCAACCCCAGCCCUGGCCCCAUCGCGCUCCCAAACCCUACGUCCCCGCCGCGGCGGCGCCGCCGCAGGCAUCGGCGUCGGCGGCGGCGGCGGCGGCGCCGGUGGGGAGGGUGCUGGGGCGGCCGAUGGAGGACGUGCGCGCGAGCUACGUGUUCGGGCGGGAGCUCGGGAGGGGGCAGUUCGGGGUGACGUACCUGGUGACCCACAGGGCGACGGGGGAGCGGUUCGCGUGCAAGUCGAUCGCGACGCGGAAGCUGGUGCACCGCGACGACGUGGAGGACGUGCGGCGCGAGGUCCAGAUCAUGCACCACCUCACGGGGCACCGCAACAUCGUGGAGCUCCGCGGCGCCUACGAGGACCGCCACUCGGUGAACCUCGUCAUGGAGCUCUGCGAGGGCGGGGAGCUCUUCGACCGCAUCAUCGCCCGCGGCCACUACACCGAGCGCGCCGCCGCCGCCCUCUGCCGCGAGAUCGUCGCCGUCGUGCACAGCUGCCACUCCAUGGGCGUCAUGCACCGCGACCUCAAGCCCGAGAACUUCCUCUUCCUCAACAAGAGCGAGGACUCCCCCCUCAAGGCCACCGACUUCGGCCUCUCCGUCUUCUUCAAGCCCGGAGAGGUGUAUAAAGAUCUCGUAGGAAGCGCAUACUAUGUGGCUCCUGAGGUCCUGAAACGGCAUUACGGACCGGAGGCUGAUAUAUGGAGUGCUGGAGUUAUACUUUACAUCCUUCUUUCUGGCGUUCCUCCCUUUUGGGCAGAGAAUGAGGACGGGAUAUUCAAUGAGAUUAGACGAGGCCAUGUCGAUUUCUUAUCUGACCCUUGGCCUUCUAUAUCUAGCGGUGCUAAAGACUUGGUCAAGAAGAUGCUGCGGCAAGACCCAAAAGAGCGGCUUACUGCCGCUGAAAUUCUUAAUCAUCCAUGGAUCAGAGAAGAUGGAGAGGCGCCGGAUAAACCACUUGACAACACUGUUAUAAGUAGAAUGAAACAAUUUAGGGCGAUGAACAAGCUUAAGAAAGUAGCCUUAAAGGUCGUCGCAGAAAACUUAUCGGAGGAAGAGAUCGUGGGCUUGAAAGAAAUGUUCAAAUCGAUAGAUACUGAUAACAGUGGGACAAUAACUCUCGAAGAACUAAGAACCGGUUUACCAAAAUUGGGUACUAAGAUCUCUGAAUCAGAGCUCAUGCAGUUGAUGGAGGCGGCUGAUGUGGACGGAAAUGGAAGCAUUGAUUAUCUUGAGUUUAUAUCAGCUACAAUGCACAUGAAUAGGUUGGAAAAGGAAGGUCACAUAUAUAAAGCAUUUGAAUAUUUUGACAAGGACAAUAGCGGAUACAUUACAAUGGAGGAGCUGGAACAAGCUCUGAAGAAGUAUGACAUGGGCGAUGAGAAAACAAUAAAAGAGAUCAUUGCUGAAGUUGAUGCAGACCAUGACGGAAGAAUAAAUUAUGAGGAGUUUGUGGCGAUGAUGAAGAAUAACAGUCAAGAUAUUGCUCCCAUAAGGCGACGGAAGUGAUGGACACCAUGCGUACCUCGCGGCGCGGUUCUUCUGUUCAGUAUAUUUUUACGCAUCCUGUAGAGGAUGCAAGCAUACGCGAUUGAGGACCUUUUUCGUGGAGCAUUACAUCGCCUGUAUUAAAGGGUGUCCUUCGGAGAGAUGACUAGGGGACAAAGCAGUUUCUGGGCGAUCAAAACCACCGUCCAAAAUCACGUCUAUGUGAUCUCCAAACUUAUUGUGUGCUUUUUGGCACUUUUGGUGUAGUGUUUGCCCUUUUGCCCUUUCCCAUGUUAGCAACUCAGUAUGCAACCCUCGUCUCGAGCGAACUUUGAACUUCUUUUGGUUUUCUUUUCUUUUUUUUUUUUUGGUUUGUGUUACUGUUAAGAUGAUCGAUAUAUACAUUAAUCAGAUCUGGCGAGCUGUUUUAUCUUU